AUGGCUUCAGUAAAAUUGAAUAUCAUUGUAUUUCUUGUGGUUUUAUUUACUUCAUACAGUUUAUCAUAUGUUCCACCAUGUAUUACAAUGAAACGUCUUUCAAAUGUACCAAUUAUAUCAUCAUGGAAUAACAAUUCUGACUUUUUAUAUAAUUAUAAUAGUGCAUUUAUGCCAACAAUAAAUGAUUCCGAUGGAGUUGCACUUCUAGUACGUGUGCAAAAUUUAAGUAAUAAUUCAAAAACUAUCUAUGAUGUUGGUCCAAGUAAAAUAGCAUUGAGUCGAAGUAUAGACAGUACUUAUCUUAAAUAUACAUAUAUUACUCAACAAGAUAUAAUCAUUGAUACUGAUCGAGAAUAUCAAUCAAUUGGAGUUGAAGAUCCUCGUAUGGUAUUGUUUAAUAAUACUUACUAUCUAUUAUAUACAGCUCUAAGCAGCGAUUCACACGGUCUAUGGCGUGCUCAAUUAGCAUUAGCUACAUGUCAAAUCAAUUGUUUCACUAAAUUAAAUUGGAAAUAUUAUGGCCCCUUAUUUCCCGAUGUAUUUUGGAGUAAAAGUGGUAGUUUAUUAGUUCACAAUGACACUCAUCGUUAUUUAUUUUUCAAUGAUUCAAAUAUUUCGAUAGCACAAACAAAAGAUCUUAUUCAUUAUGAUCUUUCAUCUAGUUUAUUGCUUAGAACUCGAUCUGAUCAUUUUGAUUCAGCACUUGUCGAAGCUGGACCACAACCAUUAAAAUUAAGUGAUAACAAUUAUCUAUUUCUUUAUAAUUCAGCACGACAUACAACAAUUCCAAAUCUAAAACCUAAUUGGAAUUUUCAAUAUAAUUUAGGUUGGGCAAUAUUAAAUGGUGAAGAUCCAACACAAGUUUUAGCUAGAAGUGAAUUACCAAUUUUGUCACCAGAAUUAGAUUGGGAAAGAUGUGAUACGGAGUCAGGGGAAUGGGCUAAUCGUGGUCUUACACCACUUGUUAUUUUUGUUGAAGGAUGGAAGAAAAUAGCUGAAGAUACAUUCUUAGUUUGGUAUCAAGGAUGUGAUUCAACUAUGGGUUUAGCUGAACUUAAAGUGUUUUUUUCAUAA